AUGGAAUCUCGAAUUGAUAAUCCAACAUUCACCAUCGAUUUGAAAAGGGACCAAGAUUAUUCUCUCGCUCAAAAUGCCGAGGUAAUAACAGUAUCCAAUAACCAGCUUCUACAAAUCGAUGGAUAUAACGUUUGCCUUCACAAACCAACGAAAGACGGUGACUAUAAGGUCAACAAAUUUCUAUUUGGCGGAGAACAGGAAGGUUUACCAAAGGACCUUCAAAACGUAACUUCUGUCAAUGUGUUUGUUCCAGAGACUGAUAGUGUCAAACUUAUCGUGAGGGUUUGCGUGGCAAUGGUAUUUAAUAAUGAGACUAUUAAUCUCGCUCUUUAUUUUGUGGAGGACACAGAGAAUUGGUCAAUCUACCUUUACAUGGAGGAUUUUGAACAUGUCGGCAAGAUAAGAGAAGUUAUUGACAUAUUUAACUGCACUGACCCACUGGAACUAUCCUUUAACCAUGAUGCACUUUUCAAAAUCCAACUGGAAAACCUCAAUUCUCAAAUCGAAGAAGCUGCGACCUCAUAUCUGUACAGCAAAUAUGAUCUUUGGACACGUAUCACCAGAUGGGUGCAAGAACUUUUUUCACUACCACAAGGUUUGAGGAAUUCACACUUUGCUCCAUUUUUCUAA